AUUUGUAGUUAGUCAGAAAUACAAGUGUUACACUGUUUGGUGGAUUGAUUUUGACAUCAGAUUGAAGUUGUUCGAGUUCAAGGUCAUCCUAACAUUUAAUUCAACUCACUUCUAUACGAAGUUCGAUAUUUCUUUCAGCCCAACCGCCCAUGUUUAUGUGAUAAAACAAUCAACCAAUCGAAAUAUAUGCUUAUGAUGGAUGAUGAUUUUUAUAAUGAUUCAAUUGGAGAUCAAAUUCUUUUGGAAUUAAAUAUCACUAACUUUACACCAACGUUAACUGACAAAAACAAACAAACUACGACAUCAACUAAAGAUAAAAUUAAUGAUGUAAAUGAUAACUCACAUUCAUUAUUAACCAUACCAGAUCAAUUUCUUGAUUUCCCCUAUCCGAAACCAUAUUCACAACAACUUGAAUUGAUGCAAACAGUCUAUAAGGCAUUAGAAUCUAACUGUUGUGGUAUAUUUGAAAGUCCAACUGGUACUGGCAAAUCAUUGAGUCUAUUAACAGCAACAUUACGUUGGCUUUUAGAUUAUAACGAAAAACAGGUUUUAUUAUUAAAUAGUCUUCAAUCUCAGUUAAAAUUAACGAAUUAUGAAAAUAAAGAGAAUAAUUCUAAGGAAUACGAUUGGAUAGUAGAAUAUGAUAAAAAUCGUUUAUUAAAAAAACAAAUUGAACCACAAAUUGAAGAUCUUUUAAUCUAUCAAUCUAAUUUACAAUUAAUUGAGAAAAUUAAAUCAUCUACCUCAUCAUUACUGUUUAAACAUCAAACUGACUUUUUAAAUGUUGAUAAAAUGUCCAUAACUGAAGCGAAUAUUGAAAGUAUUGAUAUUGAACAAUUGAAAAAUAUAAUAGACAUUUCCAACGAUCAAUAUGACUGCGAUGAUGAAUUAUUUUUAUGUAAACCUGAUGAAAACUUAUUCGAUAAACAUAAAAUUAUCGAAUUAGAUGAAAUUGAACUGGAACAACCGUUUGAAAGUCAAGAACAACAAAAAUCUGAUAAUGGAUUAUUACAUGUAAUUUAUUGUAGUCGUACUCAUUCACAACUCGGACAAAUAGCCAAAGAAUUUGCAAAAUGUAAAACAUUAUUUAAUAAAGUCACAAUAAUUCAAUUAUCAUCAAGAAAUUUGUUAUGCACUAAUGAAACAAUUUAUCAGUUAAAACACCCAGAUUUAAUUAAUAUUGCUUGUCUUGAAUUGAAUCGACCGCGUAAUCGUGAGGAAGGUCAAUCGAAAGGUUUCAAAUGUCCAAUGCGUAACUCAACAGCUGUUAAUAAUUUAUCCAAGCACCUAUUAAUUGGUAAUUCAGCUUUAAAUAUAACCAGUAGUAUUAGAGAUAGAAAGUCAAGUGAGUCAUCUAAAUCGAUCAAUGUUCUGAGUAAUUCUUUGAAAAAAUGCCAAAAAGACGAGAUAACAGUAAAUGAUACACAAUUGUCGUCUCAUAUUGGGUGUCCGUACUACGCUAAUCGUAAGGGAUUACCAUUAGCUCAAUUAGUUUUAGUACCAUAUUCAUCAUUACUACAACCAUCAAAUCGUUUGACAUCUGGUUUAAAACUAAAAAAUUCAAUUGUUAUAAUUGAUGAAGCGCAUAAUUUGUUAGAAGCAACGGCGUCAUCAAUGUCAGUCAGUUUGUCAUUGGUGAAUGAUUUAUACAAAUUAGAAGAGUUAUUUUCUGGUUAUUUACAAUAUUAUCGUUCACGUUUAUCUUCAUUUCUUACAUUAAGAUUACGUCAAAUGAGACAUUUUAUACAACAAUUAAAACUUUAUUUAAAUACAACACUUAAAAAUAUUCAAUUAUCAUUAUCUUCCAUAUCGGCUAAUGUUAUCAUUAAAACAGUGAAUAAAUUAUUUUCGGAAUCGAACUUGGACAACAUAAAUUUAAGUGAAUUUAUCGAUUGUUUAGAAUAUCAACACUUUAUCAUGAAAUUAAUUGGUUUCUCUAAAUGGUCUAAUAAUAUACAACAAAAUCCGAAACAUUUAGAAAAUGUUGCUACUAGCCAAACAGCUUGUUCACAAAUGACAAAUUUAUUAAACACUAUGAAAAGAAAAUAUUCUGAUGAGAAUAAUCAAUGUGGAGAUACAAGUCAGGUUUGUAUUUCGAAUAAAAAAUCUAAAAUAGAUAUUGAAAAGUCUGAAGGAAUCGGCUCCAGUUUAUUUAAAUUUCAUAGCUUUCUUAAAGCUUUGGAAUUUUGUGAAGAAGAUGCACGUAUAAUUAUUGAACCUGUUAAGAACUCAACAAAAUUAAAUCUAUCAAUCUCCUCAUCUGAUAUGUUGUCUUCGUCAAGUCAUCUUACAGAUGAUACUCAAGAUUUGUGUUUACGUGUGGUAUUUUUAAAUCCUGGAAGGUAUUUAAAAGAUCUAGUGCAAGAAGCUAGAAGUGUCCUUUUAGUCGGUGGUACAAUGCAACCAUUCAACGAAGCCAUUGAACAAAUAUUUAUACCAUCUGGUAAAUUAUCAAAUCAAAUCGUCACGUUUACAUGUGAUCAUGUGAUUAAUGCGAAAAAACAAUUAGCUGUUUAUCCUCUAGGUGUACAUAGCCAUCAAUCAAAUGGGGAAGUAUUUUCAUUAGAUUUCACAUACCAGUUCAGUCUUCAGAUGGAAUACAUACUACUUACAUCUGUCAGCACAAGUAGCAUACGCUACAUUACUAGCCGAAUGUACUCAUAUCUCAGUGUUAAAGUUUACAUUGAAGCUCGGAUCUAUUUCCUAUCAAUUCGAAUUCCCGUGUGUGUUUAUUCCUACAGUAUAAAUCAUCGAAUGUAACCGCACUAAUACCAUUGUAUUACAUUACGAUUCAAAUCUAAGUACUAAGACUAAAGCCAAAUAUACUGUUAUUUUAUUGUUUAUUUCCUGUUAAUUAGUCAUAUUCUCAUCAAUUAUGUUCUUAACUUCCUAUAUAUAUACUAAAUAUUUUUCUUUGUACGUAAAAACUGAAUUCAGUUUUAUAUUUACUACCUAUCUUUUAGAACCGUUCUAAUCCACAUAUGAUAGAUGCAUGCGGUGAAAUAAUUUUACAAAUAUGUCAACAACUGCCUGGUAUGUUAAACUUUUUUUUCAGUAACGAAAAACAUAGCUGUAUUUCACAUGAUGAUUCGACAGUAACCAUUAUAAACUAAGAGGGUAUCAAUGAAUUGCUAUUCGUUCUCAGUUUAAGACUACAACAUAUGUUUGAAUCCUUGAUCUUAUAAUCUCGGACAUCAGAUGGAAGCAAUCUUUCAAAA